CUAAACGCAACUAGAAGUUGACGCGAUAAACAGAAACAUAACCUCAAAACUCUAAAGUUUCAAAAAGAUCUUACUGAGUACAUAUUAUAAAUAUUUUAAAUUAAAAUGUCUGCAAUACUAGAAGCAACCACUGACGAAAAUAUUGAGUCUAACAGCAAUAAUCAUACAAAUGAAGAAUAUGCGUACUUAGACCGUGGAGGGUUCUCUUCGGAGAAAUUUAAGAUUGAGUUGCGCGGAUUACCUAAAUUUUAUGGAAUUGCUGAACUAAAAAAACUAUUUAAUCAAAAGCUUGGCUUGAAUGCUAGUAAAAUUAAGCGUCCAAAGCAUGGCAGCCCAUGGCUAUUUGCAUGCUUCCAAAAUGACGAGGAAAGAACAAAAGCCAUUGCUGCUCUUGAUGGUUACUCUUGGAAAGGUAAAACUCUCAAGGCAGAAAUAGCAAAACCAGCUCCUGAUCCACUUGUGAGGAAACGGAAGCAAGAGGAAGAGAACCCAGUGCAAGACAAAAAGAAGAAACCAGAAGAUAGCAGGAGUCAAGAAGAGAGGAUUAAAGAUGCCACUACACCUUAUUGGAAUAUACCUUAUGAAGAGCAGUUAAAAUUAAAGGAAAAAGAAAUUAAAGAUAUACUGAUGCGAUUUGACAAUGAGAGAUGGAAAAUAGACAAACAGAAACGUAAAGAAAUAGAAGCAAACCGUAAAAUUUAUGACGGUUUAAGUUUUGAACUCCUGGGUAUAAAGAAGUCUCCAGUCACGGAGGGGUAUAGGAAUAAGUGUGAGUUCACUGUGGGAAUAGAUGAGGAGACGCAGCUGCCCACCGUGGGAGCCAGGCUGGGGAGUUACGUAACUGGCAAGGUGGGUGUGGGGCCCGUGCAGCACCUCACUCACAUAUCUGAGAAAACUAAGAGUGCUGUUUUGUACUUCCAAGAGUUUGUACGGAGUUCUAAUUUGGCUCCGUUCUCGCCAGCUGACUACUCAGGGUAUUGGAGGUUCCUUACAGUAAGGCAUUCGACUUAUAAUGAUGAUGUCAUGCUCAUCAUCCACAUGCAUCCACAGGACAUGUCAGAAGAGGAAUUGGACAAAGUAAAGAAAGAUUUAGUAGAACAUUUUAGUUCUGAGAAGGCUGUGGCUUGUGGUAUCAAGUCAUUGUACUUUGAAUUGGUUACAAAGAGGAGAGUUGGUGAAGAGGCGUCAAAGCCGGUGCACCUGAUGGGUGCAACACACAUUAUAGACACAAUAUUGGGGAAACAAUUCAGGAUAUCACCUGAAGCAUUUUUCCAGAUAAACACAGCCGGUGCCGAAAUAUUGUAUCAAAGCGCAAUCGAUUUGAGUAAAGUGGAUAAGGAAUCUACCGUGGUGGACAUUUGUUGCGGAACCGGCACCAUCGGCCUUUGUUUUGCUCAGCAUUGUUCCAAAGUGCUAGGUAUCGAGUUAGUACCAGAGGCGGUGAAGGACGCCAAGGCAAACACUGAAUUGAACAAGAUAGAAAACUGCGACUUCUUUACUGGCAAGGCGGAAGACAAUUUGCCGUCGGUGCUGGCGAGGGUCACUAAAGGAAGUGACGUCAUAGCUAUUGUGGAUCCGCCCAGGGCUGGACUGCACAUGCGAGCGGUGACACAACUUCGCAACACGCGUAGUGUGAAGCGUCUGAUAUACAUAUCGUGCAGCCCGUCUUCGGCCGUGAAGAACUUCGUAGACUUGGCGCGGCCGUCCUCCAAGACGUUGAGAGGGGCGCCUUUCGUGCCAGUCACUGCGGUGCCUGUUGACAUGUUCCCUCUUACGAAACAUGUGGAGCUGGUCGUGUUGUUUCAGAGGGAAGAGGAACCUGUUGAAGAAGACGAAUCAAAAACGAAAGAAGAUGGCUCCGAAAAGUCGAACGACAUUGAUAUGGUGCCAGCCGAGACUACUAAUGCAGAAGAAAAAGUACCAGAAGAUAGCAAAGAAGGAAGUACUGUAGGAGUAGACGAGAAGGCAGUUGGUGAUGAUGGGGGAAAUUAAAUAUUAUAUAAAUAAUUGUUAUGUAUAUGAAUAGGUAAAUAAAUUUAUUUUUACCGA